AGCACAGAGGGUGGGAGUGCAGGGUAGAGAGUGCUGUGGGGCAGAGGAAGGACCCUGAGCUCGACCAGGUGGGGCGGGGUGCUAGGUCUAAGCUUUAUAGAUGCAAGAGGAGGGGGCAGCGAUACAGGGCUCUAAGGUCCACCCAGGGAGCUCAGACACAGGGCCGGGCCCACCCUGGGCUGGGAGGCCCUCGAAUGCCCAGGUAAGAGCCAACUACACUCGUCUACAUAUUGCAGACUGGGUGUAGGAAACAGGUUUUAGGUGAUGUUUAUCCAUGACAAGCCAUUUGUCCACAUGCCUCUGUGAGUCAUCAACUGCCUGGGGUAGGACCUGGGUGUGGCAGCUGCAACCUCUUCGGACGCCUGCGCGGGACAUUGGGUCUGAAGGCUGCCUCAACCCCAGGUUUCUUUUUACACCUCCGCGGCGCCAGCUGAGCAGCCUGGCCCCGCCCCCUUCCGCCUGGGCCCGCCCCCGGGGGCGGAGACAUCCGGACCUGCGGGCUGGGCGAGGAGGGGAGCGCCGCGGCGGCGCAGCGCAUUCCCAGUUUAGAACUAGGAGUUCGGGGCGCGGAAACUGCGCGGGCGAGUCAGCCAGGGCAGGUGCGGCGCGGCGCGGCGGUCCGGUCCUCCCCCUUGGAGGACAGAUGUGCCUGGGCGUCGCGGCUCGCGGACCUGACCUCAGGUGAAGCUCUCGGAAAGGGCGGACGGAGACGAAGAGAUGCCAGCGGAGGAGCCCUGCGCCCCCGGCGCCCCUGGUGCCCGGGGGACCGAGUGCGCGCCGGGCCCCGAGCCGUGCCUGUCCAGCCAGCUGCUGCCCGAGCUCUACACCUUCGCGGCGCGCGUGCUGUUCUACCUGACGCCCGUCUAUCUAGCCGGCUACCUGGGGAUCAGCUUCACCUGGCUGCUGCUCGGCGCCCUGGGGUGGAUGUGGUGGCGCAGGAACCGCCGCGGGAAGCUCGGGCGCCUGGCGGCCGCCUUCGAAUUCCUAAACAACGAACGCCAGUUCAUCAGCCGCGAGCUGCGGGGCCAGCACCUGCCCGCCUGGAUCCACUUCCCGGACGUGGAGCGGGUCGAGUGGGCCAACAAGAUCAUCUCCCAGAUCUGGCCCUACCUAAGCGUGAUCAUGGAAAACAAGUUCCGGGAGAAACUCGAGCCCAAGAUCCAGGAGAAGAACGUGCACCUGAGGACCUUCACCUUCACCAAGCUCUACUUCGGACAGAAGUACCCCAGGAUCAACGGCAUCAAGGUGCACACUAACCAGUGCAACCGGAGACAGGUGGUCCUGGACCUGCAGAUCUGCUACAUCGGAGACUGUGAGAUCAGUGUGGAGCUGCAGAAGAUACAGGCUGGUGUGAACGGGAUCCAGCUGCAGGGCACGCUGCGGGUCAUCCUGGAGCCCCUCCUGGUGGACAAGCCCUUCGUGGGAGCUGUGACCAUGUUCUUCCUUCAAAAGCCGCACCUGCAGAUCAACUGGACAGGCCUGACCAACCUGCUGGAUGCGCCAGGAAUCAAUGAGAUGUCAGACAGCCUGCUGGAGGACCUCAUCGCUGCCCACCUGGUGCUGCCCAACCGUGUGACUGUGCCCGUGAAGAAGGGGCUGGACCUGACCAACCUGCGCUUCCCUCUGCCCUGCGGAGUCAUCAGAGUCCACUUGCUGGAGGCAGAAAAGCUGGCCCAGAAGGACAACUUCCUAGGACACCAAGGCAAGUCAGACCCCUACGCCAAGGUGAGAAUCGGCCUGCAGCAUUUCCGGAGCAGGACCAUCCAUAAGAACCUGAACCCCACCUGGAACGAGGUGUUUGAGUUCACAGUGUAUGAAGUCCCUGGGCAGGACCUGGAGGUGGACCUGUACGAUGAGGAUCCUGACAAGGAUGACUUCUUGGGCAGCCUGCAGAUCUGCCUCGGGGACGUCAUGACCAACAGAGUGGUGGAUGAGUGGUUUGCCCUGAAGGACACAAGGAGCGGGCAGCUGCACCUGAGGCUGGAGUGGCUUUCACUGAUCACAGACCCGGAAGCUGUGAUGGAGGACCAUGGUAGUUUUUCCACUGCCAUUCUCGUGGUCUUCUUGGAGAGCGCCUGCAACCUGCCGAGAAACCCUUUUGACUACCUAAAUGGUGACUAUCGAGCCAAAAAGCUCUCCAGAUUUGCCAGGAAUAAAGUCAGCAGAGACCCUUCUUCCUAUGUCAAGCUAUCUGUAGGCAAGAAGACACACCUGAGCAAGACCUGUCCCCACAGCAAGGACCCUGUGUGGAGCCAGGUGUUCUCCUUCUUUGUGCACAACGUGGCCACUGAACAGCUGCAUCUGAAGGUGCUUGAUGAUGACCAAGAAUGUGCCCUAGGAGUGCUGGAGUUCCCCCUGUGCCAGAUUCUCCCCUGUGCAGACCUUACCCUCGAGCAGCGCUUCCAGCUGGACCACUCAGGCCUGGACAGCCUUAUCUCCAUGAGGCUGGUGCUUCGGUUCCUGCACUUGGAAGAACGAGAGCUGGGAAGCCCAUACACAGGACCUGAAGCCCUAAAGAAAGGCCCUCUGCUCAUUAAGAAGGCUGCCACCAACCAGGGCCCCAGAGCCCCACCGCAGGGAAAGGGCCCUGCAGAUUUGCCAUGCCCUCGAGACCCUGUUUCUGAUAUCAAGCAAGCCUCCAAAAGCACCACAGCCACCACCAGUGCCACCAAGCCCACACUUCAAGAGAUGGGCCCAGAGCCCAAAGGCAAGGACAGAGCCAGAGGGUUCUGUGCACCCAUGGGGGAGAAGAAGAGUGUGUCCACCAUCUUCCUGGCUGUCCCAGGCCCCCACUGUCCGGGGCCCGUCAAGUCACCCAGACCCAUGAAAUGCCCUGCCUCCCUAUUCGCAUGGCCACCCAAGAGGCUGGCUUCCAGCAUGUCCUCGCUCAACUCCCUGGCCUCUUCCUGCUUUGACCUGACAGAUGUCAGCCUCAACACUGAAGACGAGGAUCUCAGGCAUCAGGGGCUGGGUGAGAUCCAGCUCACGGUGCGCUAUGUGUGUCUGCAGCACUGUCUCAGCGUGCUAAUCAACGGCUGCAGAAACCUGAUGCCCUGUUCCAGCAGUGGAGCUGAUCCCUACGUCCGUGUCUACUUGUUGCCAGAAAGGAGGUGGGCGAGUCGUAAGAAGACCUCAGUGAAGCGGAAGACCCUGGAUCCCCUGUUUGAUGAGACAUUUGAAUUUUUUGUUCCCUUGGAUGAAGUAAAGAAGAGGUCACUAGACGUCGCAGUGAAAAACAGUAGGCCACUUGGCUCACACAGAAGGAAGGAGCUAGGAAAAGUACUGAUUGACUUAUCAAAAGAAGAUCUGAAUAAGGGCUUCUCACAGUGGUAUGAGCUGACUCCAGAUGGCCAGCCCAGAAAUUGAUGAUGAACAACAACAUCUUUAUUUUUUAAAUGUGUAUAUAUGUAUAUUUUGUAACUUCAAUCAGAGCAGCCAUUUAAAAAAAAUACAUACAUACAUAUAUAUAUAUAUACACACACACACACACACAUUCUUGUGUGCAAUGUAACUGCAUGACUGGAUAGUAUUAGGAAGAGGUAAACACAUGUAGAAGCAAGAACUACUCUUUCUUGAUUGGAUUUAAUUGUUUAAAUCCAUAAACAAGCGGCAUAUUUGUGCCUAACAAAUUAUCAGAACCUCAGUGGUGAAUUUUCACUGACUUAGGACUCACGUGAAUGUAUGCACCAAAAGGGUCCUGUCUCAGACACAGAGGGUGAGGGAGGUCUGUUUGUGGAGCAGCUAUCAGUAUUCCUGGGCAGUGACUGACCAAGGGAGGAGGCUUCUUUUAUGGGACUAAAAAGUGAUCCACCAAAAAGUGCCAAGAGCUAACUCUACCUAAGCCCUGCUGGCUGCCACCUCUGGUACUUCUCUGCCUGGAGGUUUGUUCAUGUAUCUGAUUUGGAACUAAAAUGUACUUUCCUGAUGGCAACAAUGUUAGUGAUAGUACUCCAGUGUGGGAUGGCCUGGGACCAAACUCUAGUAUUUGGCAUUAUUUCCAUAGGAAAAUGCAAGGAGAUUUUCAAACCCAGGUCUACGUCUGCACUCCCAUAGAGCACUGGAGGCUGCUGCCGAGUGUCAGUGCCAGAGAACAAGGGGCUUUCUGUAUCUCUCUCAGAUAGGUUUGGGAAUUCUGCUCCACUCUUCUAAGAGAGGGCUGGUUCACCUAAACAACAUGUUAAAAGCAAAAUAUGUAAAUUGUAUAUUUAAACAAGUGCCUCUUUUGCAUUUCAGACUUUAUAAAACCACAUAUUCUUGUCCUUUCUCACACUCCUAGAGCUGUUGUCGAGUCACAUCCUCUUUUCACUUAUCUACUCAGGCAGUACCCCCUGCCAUCAGUUUCCUCUCCCUACCACUGCCUUCACUGCCACUUUUCUGCAGAAUGGUAACAUCUUAAAACAAAGUUUUUGUCAUGUUACUCUCACUUAUAAAUUAUUAUUUCCUGCUUUCUACAAAAUUCAAGCCCACUCCUUGUGUUUCAGACCUAACAUAAUCAGGUCUCCAGUUUUCUGCUACUUUAUUCAUGUGCAGAUGCUCUGUUCCAGAAUAGUCCGAAUAUAUCCUGCCUACUAAUCCUACUCACCUCUUAGAGGCCCAUGUCAAACCCACCUCCUCCGUUAAGCCACCCCACACUGAAAGGGCCUCUCCCCCCACCUAGGGCAGCAGUCCCCAACUUUUUUGGCACCAGGGACCGGUUUCAUGGAAGAUAAUUUUUCCACAGACUGGGGCGGGGAAGGGGGUGGCUUCAGGAUGAUUCAAGAGCAUUACAUUUAUUGUACACUUUAUUUCUAU